AAAUAAUAUUUCUUAAAUUCACCAAUGUAAAUAGUGGAAUCUGACAGUACUUAAAUGGCGGACGACUUGCAUAAUUAUAAGCUACAAUUGCAACAAUCCUGUUAAAACGAUAGUAGUCAGUAGUCGAUGAUGCGCAGCUGGAGGAUGUACGGUGGCCAGUACUGUAUAUGUACAUACAAACGAAGAAAUACAUACCAAUUUGCUUUGGAUGUCCUUUCCUAAUCACUUAUAUACAAACAUCGAUUCCCAUGUGGAGGCAGCUCUUCAAACUGAUCCAGAGAAUGAAGAGCUAUUAAAACUCAGAAGUGAUCUUGACGAAGUUAUUACCCUUACUCGUGAUCUGAUACAAACUCAACUGGAAGAACAACAUAAAUCUUCAUAUGUGGAGCCAUCAUCAACCAAAAGAGCUUCGUCCAACUAUUUCGAAGAAAUAGAAGCAGCUCUAUUAGAAGCAGAAAAAUUAGUUUCAGCUGCUAAGAUUUGGAAAAAAGGAGACAAGUGUCAAGCUAAAUGGAAGGAGGAUCGUCAGUACUACGAUGCAACUAUUGAAGAUAUAUCAAGUACAGGAGAAGUUAAUGUAAUAUUUGAUGCCUAUCAAAAUCGAUCUACGACCCACGUCAACGAGUUGCGUGAACGUACUGUUCGCAACGAAGUUUUUCCGUCAAACAAGCGUCACAGGCCCAAUCAAAAGGAAUAUUUAAAAAAACGUAAGCAAAAAAAGCAACAGCGCUUCAAGGACUUGGAAGAGGAACGAGAAUCAGACAAGAACAAAUGGCUUAAUUUUAACACCAAAAACCAAAAAAAAAACGGAAUGAAAGCAAGAAGUAUAUUUGCGUCUCCGGAUAAUGUAAGCGGCAGAGUAGGAGUCGGCACUUGUGGAACUGCAGGAAAGGGCAUGACAGAUUUUACUGUAGGUGAAAAAUAUAGAAAAGGUCUUUAGAAUAUUAUUGAUUAUACGGUACAAUAAAAAUGUUCUUAAAAAUA